AUGGCUAUCGCACCCCCUCUCAGUGUCGGCUGGGGCUAUGGAAUUGUCCUCGGUCUUGGAGCCGUGUUUGCGUUUGGUAUGAUCCUGGUCACAUGGAUCCUCAAGCGUUACAACCAUGAGCUGCAAACCUCGGAAAUGUUCAGCACGGCCGGAAGGACCGUGAAAUCUGGUCUCGUGGCAUCUGCUGUCGUCUCUUCUUGGACUUGGGCUGCUACCCUGCUUCAGAGCUCCGGUAUUGCAUAUCGAUAUGGUGUUUCUGGACCGUUCUGGUAUGCCAGUGGAGCUACCGUGCAAAUUCUGCUGUUUGCUACCAUUGCAAUUGAGUUGAAGAGAAGAGCUCCCAAUGCUCACACCUUCCUCGAAGUCAUCAAGGCCAGAUACGGAGUCGAGGCCCAUCUCGUCUUCACCGUCUUCGGCUUGAUGACCAACAUCCUCGUCACAGCCAUGCUGUUGACUGGAGGCUCCGCAGUGGUGUCUGCCCUCACUGGAAUGCCCACGCCAGCUGCUUGUUUCUUGCUCCCAUUGGGUGUCAUUAUGUACACCAUGUUCGGUGGCAUCAAGGCGACUUUCCUCACGGACUGGGUCCACACCUUCAUGCUAUUGAUCAUCAUCUUGAUCUUUGCUUUCACCACAUAUGCUACAAGCAGCACUCUCGGAUCCCCGGGGGCUGUCUUCGAUCUCCUGGUCAAGGCUGCACAUGACCACCCAGUUGACGGCAACCAAGGUGGAUCUUACCUUACCAUGAAGUCCACCCAAGGCGCAAUCUUCUUCGUUAUCAACAUUGUUGGUAACUUUGGAACUGUGUUCUUAGAUAACGGCUACUACAACAAGGCCAUUGCGGCCUCCCCAGUGCACGCACUCCCAGGCUACAUUAUGGGAGGUAUCUCCUGGUUCGCCAUCCCAUGGCUCUGCGCUACCACCAUGGGUCUCGCAGCUCUUGCCCUCGAAGGCAACCCAGCUUUCCCCACCUUCCCUCUCCGCAUGCCAGAGGCCGAUGUCUCUGCCGGUCUCGUCUUGCCAUACGCUGCAGUUGCACUCCUCGGAAGCGGUGGUGCCGUCUGCACGCUCUUGAUCGUUUUCAUGGCUGUCACAUCUGCCUCCUCUGCUGAGCUCAUCGCCGUUUCCUCUAUCUUCACCUAUGAUAUUUACCAGACCUACUUCAACCCAGGUGCCAGUGGCAAGAAGCUCAUUUAUAUGUCCCAUGCUAUGGUUAUUGGGUUUGGUUUGUUCAUGGCUUCAUUCUCCGUAGGAUUGUUCUAUGCUGGUAUCAGCAUGGGUUACCUCUACGUGAUGAUGGGUGUCAUAAUAUCAUCCGCCGUCAUCCCCGCCACAUUGACCAUCAUGUGGGCCGGCCACAACAAAUGGGCGGCGACCCUCACACCUCCUCUCGGCCUCGCCUGCGCCGUCAUCACCUGGCUCGUAACCGCCAAGAAGACCUGCGGCGCCCUCGAUGUCACUUGCACCGGCUCCAACAACCCCAUGUUAGCAGGAAACGUCAUGGCCCUCCUCUCCCCAUUGAUCUUCACCCCCAUUUUCACACUCAUCUUCGGCGUCGACAAGUACGACUGGGCCUCCAUGGCUGCGAUCCGCAAGGGCGACGACCACGACCUGGCCGCCGAAGCCGGCGAAGACCUCGAGGCCAUCCCCGGCGAGCGCGACACCCCCGCCGACGAAAUGGAAGUCGAGCAAACCAAGCUGCUCCGCGCAUCCAAGAUCGCCAAGGCUAUGACUGUCAUCCUGACUCUCGCCCUCCUCGUCCUCUGGCCCAUGCCAAUGUACGGUUCCGGCUACAUCUUCUCCAAGAAGUUCUUCACCGGAUGGGUGGUCGUGGGUAUCAUGUGGCUUAUUGGGUCACUUUGCUGUGUGGGAAUCUUCCCUGUCAUCGAGGGCCGCAAGGAUCUAGUGUACGUCCUAAAGGCGAUCUACCUUGACGUAACUGGCAAGAAGCAUCCAUCUAAAUAUCACGGUCCGGAGGCCACGUUUGUCGAGGGCAAGGAGACGGGGAGCGAUACUCCUCCUGCGGUGGCCGAGAAAGGGAUUCCUGAGGUUGGGGAGAAGUCUUGA